AUGUCCAGCAUCUUCAACAAGUACACGCGCGUCCCCACCAACUCCACCCUCCCCACCAACGUAUCCGAUACGCGCGGCUCCUCUUCAUCUUCCGGCUUCGGACGCGCGCGUACACGGUGGGCCCUCAUCGCAGCAGCCCUCCUCACCCUCCUCCUGUUCUUCGGCUUUGCAUCCUCCGAUUCCGAAACGUCCGCCAACUGGAAAGCGAAAGCCGGCGAAUACGCGGGCAAGCUUCCGUGGUCCAAGCAACAUCCCACUGCAACAUUCUCCAGCGUCACGGAUGUGGAUGGCAACGAGUUCGGUCGGUGGAUGAACGGGUCCGGUCGAGCAGAUCUGUCGUACGAUUCGCCGUUCAAUCCGGAGGAUCUGACCUUGACGGAGGAUGAGUGUGAUGCGUUCUUCCCCGGGUUGUGGAAGGAGAUCGAUCGAAGCGUAGAGUACUAUACGGAGCAUCCGUUGACGAUGGAGUAUCUGGACAAGGUGUGCGACGAUGGGAUCUGGUCGCAUGCCAGGGUGGUGAUUCACAACAACCGCGUCUACUUGAAGUACUUCCAACAGUCGGCGUUUACUCGCGUCAACUCGGCGUUGGCGUUGCUGUUCCAGAGCGUCGUGGGUGCCAGGGAGAAGUUGCCGGAUGCCGAGUUCUGUCUCAGUGCAAACGACUGGGGGUCCAUGGGCAAGUUUUCGCUCGACCGGGCUCCCUAUCUGGAAGAUCUCUGGUUGAUGCCAGAUUACGGCUUCUACAGCUGGCCAGAGCCGGGCAUCGGAUCAUACACAGAGCAUCGAGAAAAGACGCUCGCCAUCGAACAAGCUACGCCGUGGGACAGCAAAGUGCCCAAACUCUUCUGGCGUGGAGCCAUGGGCGUCGGAACCGCCGACCGCAAAGCCCUGCUCGCUGCAGCCGAGAACCACGACUGGAACGACGUCAAACCCCUGGACUGGGGUAACAGGGAAGGCUUCGUCACCAUGGAAGAGCACUGCAAGUGGAAGUUCCACGCAUUCCCCGAAGGUAUGACCUACUCCGGUCGACUGAGAUACCUUCAAAACUGUCGUUCCGUCAUCGUCACGCACGAACCAAGAUGGAUCCAGCACUGGACGCACCUCUACAACGCCGACACCAACUCGCCCGAUCAGAACAUCGUCUUCGUCCCCGAAUACAAGGGCGACGAACCAGGUGUUCAGGUCGAAGACGACCGAGGUCAGGCGUUCCGAGAUACCACCUGGAUGCGUCUACCCGAAGUCAUGGACGAACUGCUCAAGGACGACGCCAAGGCAAAGAGGAUCGCCGACAACCAGUGGUCCUACUUCCGAGAGAGGUACGUCAGCCCUGCAUCCGCAGCUUGCUACUGGAGGAAGGCCAUCAAAAGGUACGCGGGAGUGCAAAAGUUCAACGUCAACUACACAGGUACCGAAACCAGUUACGAGAGCUUCCUGCUGCUCGGUAACAAGCUCAAAGGCGUCGCAGAGUAA